GCCUUCAACAUUCCACAUCUGGUCAUGGUCGGUCGGCAAAACAUGGCAAAAACCACUCUGAUAAACCGUCUGAUCGGGCGAUAUCUUCUCCCAAUGCGCCGCAAUGAAACCGCAAACACCUUACAAGCCCGCACUACAUAUCCCAUAAUACUCAACCUAAGAAACGGCGAGAAGAGCCUCGUGGAGGUGAAAUGCGAUCUACUGGGUCUAAGGGAAGCCGAGGAAAAUCCCAAGGAUGAUGCCGUGGAGACAUUUCUUAACCAAGUCACAGCACAUUUACCGAAGGAAGAGGGAACUCCAAUUUCGAAAACCCCUGUUAAUGUUACUCUGCAAGGCCCUGAAUUCACGACUCUUACCUUGGUCGACCUUCCCGGCGCUCAUUUUGCCAAUGACGAUCUACGGAUGAACCUCGUCACUCAAGAUGUAGUUUUGGAAUACAUCGAGAAAAACACUAACAGCAUUAUUGUCAUAGUGUCUGAAGUAGGGGACCCCACAGGUGACAGUGCAAUAAACCUUGUCAUGCAAAAGGCCCCAGAUUUUAGGAGCCGCACAAUCUGUGCGCUAACCAAGCCAGAUAAGUUGAGAGAAUCCGAUGACAUGGGGAAAAGGGUGGCCAUGAAUGGAUCGAGCUUCACACUGGAUGAUAACCGAUUUAUUGUACUGCGAGGGAAAGAUGGCACAGAUCCAGCUGAGAAGGACUGGGACGCUGAAACGACACGUGUCCAUGAAAAAGAAUGGUUUGCGCGGCAUCCUCAGUACAAGGACAUUCAACAUGUCUGUGGAAUUGAUCGACUCAUGGACACUAUGAUCUCUUUACUGGCUGAGAAGAUGAUCACAGAGAUUCCUAUUCUGGUGACACUAAUGAAGAAGCGAAAAAAAGAGGUGGAUGAAACACUUGUGGAACUAGAGGACAGUGAGGUACCAGAGUCGAACGAAGGCAAGGGUGGAGUGGCCAUGAAACUGAAAGAAAGUCUAAUUAGAGAGUUAAAUAUUCUUCUUUUCAACAAUACUUCUGACACGGCCGGAGGGGAACGCGUCAGGCAUCUGUUUAAUUCAUUUCAUCAGGAAGUUUUCAAGGUGAAUCCUCUGGCGAUGCGUAAUGACGAUGAAAUACGAAGACAAAAAAGAAAAUUGGAGGGUGUGGCUGCCCCUCUUGGAGACAGCAGUGAAAACAGUCAGCUGCUGCAGAGGCUUCUGUAUGAGAAGUAUACAGGUAUUUGAGAACUAAGCCACUCUUAACAGAGAUUCAAUGCCAAUGGUAAACCUGUAACGCGUAAGGGUCCAGUUGAUCAGUUACUGCCCCUGUCAGAGAAUCUUGUCAGUAACGUCGAGACAACUCUACGAGAUAUCGUCCAACGGGCCAUCGAACAGACCUUGUCAAAGUUCCCAACUCUCAAACAAGCUGUUGAAGCGAAAGUCGUCAGCAAGAUUUUUGACAAGAAACGCGAACAGACUACGGAAUUCAUCCGACAAUUCCUUGAAAUGCAGAAAAAGAGCACCGAUAUCGUUUUCGCCCCAAUCCCCACACCUCGAGAGAUCAGUGUCUGGGAAGGGUUUCCUCUGGUAGAUCGUAGUAAGCCUCAUCCAUGCAUGACGUCAAAGACGACAAGUCAUAUGAAGUACCUUGCGAAAAAUCUCUACCCUGAGAAGCUGCUUCAAGAGAUAGACGGUUCUGGGUCACACAGUCUCAUGUAUAAGGAACAGGAGGAGAUAAAGAACGUAAAAAAGAACGUGGUGCGAUGCUUCAACGUGCUUAAAAUGAAUGUGUGUGACACAGUCCCCCGCUGCAUCCUGCAUUUCUUCGUAUCACAGUUAGUGGACGAUCUUGACCGCGCUUUGGAGAAAGAAAACUUGGUUGAGUUCUUGGAAGAAAGGAAGGACAUCCGGGACAAGCGCAUCCUGUGUAGGAAACAGUCCCUCGCUUUGGAGAAAGCGCUGCCACAUACACAAGACGUCCUGGAUAAACUACUGCGCAUGAAACAGGGAUCUCCCCAAAAGGACCGGAAAAUGUAGCUGAAUGGAAUGCUUUCAUUACUUAGCCUUUUCAAGAAAUAAUUAUCUAGCUUAGGGUUUCUUUCAAUUUUCGCUGGGAAUUCGAAAUUAUCGUCAUACCCGGCUGCAAUCGGUAGAAUUUAAAAACUUAAUUGGUUAUAAACAUUUCAUGUGUAUUCAAGUUGUAGGAGUUAGUUCUCAAUUAUGCCUAACGUAAUAGCGUUAUUGAAAUUUUUAAAAAUUUUUUUUAUAUAAGUUCUAGUGAUCAGCACACAGCAACAGAUCUUGGGUUACUUUUUUCAAUGAUUUUUUGAAGAAGUAUUAAACUCGUCCCUUUUAGCUCUUUGAUUUUUAAACUUAGUAGCGUUUAGAAUCAAACCCAGGUGCUCGCGUUUUAAUGAUAUGCUUUCACGUUCUAGGGGGGAUCUUUAAAAAGCUCAGCAUACCUUACUGAGAUCUUUACCACCAUAAUAUUCGGCUAUUUAGCAGAUCUAAAUAUAUUGCACCAACUGAUAGGCAAUUUAAUUGUCAGUCAUUCAAAAGGAAACAAUAAAGGCAAGUUGUGUAUUGUGGAGUAAACCACAGUCUCUGUGUGGACUCUUCUCUCGAUAACCAAGAGAGUAGAAUAUUGGUAGACGCUGGACUCGGAUGGGAUGAUGUCAGUUAGUGGAUUUGGUUAACUCUAUGAUUAAUUAGCCCCAUUCCACUAGACAACCCUCCUGCCAAAUUACUCUAACUUUUCACUCAUUAUCUGAAAAAUUCAACCAACCGUUUACAAGGAAAUUGCUAACUCAUCGCGGGUAACCCUGUCAGGCGAGAAAGACAUUUUAUAUAAGAUAGGUAAAGCAUGACCUUUACGCUAAAGAGGAAACAACAAAGAUGAUCACGUAACAAGUUUUUCCCGCCAAUUUUCAUUUUGCCGUUUGCUCUCUGUCGUUUUCAACGUGAAGGAGUAUCAAAGU